UCGGCAUUGGAUAUUUCUGUUAUCUGCAGCAAUGCCAGAACCUGCAAAGUCUGCCCCCAAGAAGGGCUCUAAGAAAGCCGUCACAAAGUCCGCCGCCAAGCCUGGCAAGAGGAGGAGGAAGGGAAGAAAGGAAAGCUAUGCCAUCUACGUGUACAAGGUCCUGAAGCAGGUCCACCCCGACACCGGCAUCUCUUCUAAGGCCAUGAGCAUCAUGAACUCGUUCGUGAAUGACAUUUUUGAGCGCAUCGCCUCCGAGGCGUCUCGUCUGGCUCACUACAACAAGCGCUCCACCAUCACGUCCAGGGAGAUUCAGACCGCGGUACGCCUCCUGCUGCCCGGUGAGCUGGCUAAGCACGCAGUAUCCGAGGGUACUAAGGCCGUCACCAAGUACACCAGCUCCAAGUAAACGCGAUGCGGCAAAGCUUCAAACCAACGGUUCUUUUAAGAGCCACCCAAUUUGCUCUAAUGGGUAUGCACGAUUCCAACUAAAACCCAGACGGCCGGACUCCGAAUGUUAAAAAUUAAUAUUGUAGCAUGAAUAAAAAUGUUAUGUCCCGUGUA